AGGAAGAAUAUAUAGAAAAUAUACGGAUUCCAAUGGCUUCUUUAAUCUAAAUAAGGCUUUAUUCUUGGGAGGGAGAAAAUGAGCACACAUUCGGCACAGAAGCUGCCUAAUUUGCAUGAGAGAAAGAGACGAAUGUCCAAGAAACCAGAUGAUGAUGAUUUGAUUCCUCAACAUUUUGAAUAUGAAAAUCAAUAUGAGAAAUGGAGAGCUGCAAAUCCGAGAAUCGAAUAUGACUUUUCGGUAGAUGAAUCUGGAUACAUUUACUGGAUUUGGACAUUUUUUGUUGUAUGUGGAUGUUUAUACAAUAUAAUUGUACUCUCUGUAUUGGCUUUCGAAAAUAUAAGAUACGCAUACAUUGAGAAAAUUCUUCCCAUCAAUAUUGCAUUUGAUACCGUUUUUCUGUUUGACAUCAUACUUCGAUCUAUGUUGUCAUUCUACGAAGACGGAGUUUUGAUCACCAGCUUUUCAGAAACUUGGAGACAUUAUGUUCACAGUUUCUACUUUGCAAUUGACCUAUUAGCAAUCUUCCCAUUCGACUAUCUGCUUAUUCGAAAAACUUCGGCCGCUUUCUGCAGAUUGAAUCGAUUUUUAAAGAUUUAUCGAAUUGCUAACUUUAUAGCACAGUCCUAUGGAAAGUUGACUCAGGUUACGAUAUCACUCUCCAAAAUAUUUACUGCUUGUUUUUUGUUGUUCCAUGUGAAUGCUUGCGUAUUUUAUAUAAUUUCUGUGAACAGUGACACUUCGUCGUGGGAUGGAGUAAAUGCAACAUUUGACGAUGAUGAAUAUCUUCCAUGGCCGUAUACACCAGAGAAAAUUACAGAUGCUUACUUUGUUGGCUGUGACGGCCGAACAGAUUGUUACAAUCCCUACUUUUAUUACGAUGAAGCGAGGGAGGAUCAUCUUGUGGAACUGUAUCACUUUUGGAGAACGGAUAACAGAACCCAUAUCUACAACUUCUCCCAAUUUACAAAAGAGUAUACAUUGUCAAUGUAUUGGUCAGCAAUGACAAUGACCACAUUAGGAGAACAACCUGCACCGAAUACUUCACUACAAAAUGCAUUUGAAAUUGUUAAUACUUUGGCAGGACUUUUACUUUUUGCCGUUAUAAUGGGAAGUAUCGGAGAUCUGGUAGCAAAUGCAAAUGCUGUUAAAACAUUUUGGCAAACAUUAAUGGAUGGUCUGAAACAAUAUAUGACCUAUAGAAAUCUCAACGAGCGAUUGCAAACAAAAGUAUUGAAGUAUUGUGAAUAUGAAAUGGCAGAAGAGACAAUUAUGAAAGAACAUGAAGUAAGAGAUGAACUUCCAGCUAAACUAUACGGGCAUGUUACCACUUCAAUUAUUGGAGCAUCGUUAGUGAGGUCUCCAUUAUUUAGGGCGUCUGAACGAAGUUUUCUCAAUGAUAUCUCUCAACUUUUGGAGCCUCAUUACUUUUGUCCUGGAGACGUUGUAAUUGAAAAAGGACAAUUAUGCAGUUCAAUGUUUAUAAUUGUUUGUGGACAAAUGGUGGAAAUCACUGAAGACAACGAAAUUGAUCAUUUCGAAGGAGAAAUUCUCGGAGAUGUUAAUCUAAUAUGGUUCAAUAAUCAUUUGAAUCAUAAUCGUCAUCAACAUAAUGUGAUAUCAAGUGCAUUUUCACAGAUUCAUAUGCUCAGUAGAGAUGAUUUUUUCAAGGUUCUGAGCUCAUAUGAUCCUAAAUUGAAAAGAAGAUUGUGUGAUGUUGCUUUCUAUUUGCAACGUCAACGUGGAGAGCUAGAUGACAAAAAACGUUGUCUAUCGGAAAAUGAGGAUAUAGAAUCGAACCUAAAACGACUAGCAAUUGAUACUCUUGAACUUCAUGACAAGAUGACGGAAAUGGAAGAAGAGUUUUGGGAUUUUUCUGCAACUGCAAAAAGAAAACUUUUCGAGAGUGAGAUGGUCGUUUGUGACCUUUUGAAUAACAGUCAAAGGAGGAGUCGAUAA